CUGGUCGUCAACUCAAUCAAACACUGAGCAGUUUGUUGAAGUAGCGAGAGGUUAGGAAAUCUUGCAACGUACAGCAAAUAUGGCUUGGUGUUUAAGAGUUAUUGCGGCUGUCUGUCUUCUGCUAGUCGGAGUCCAGUCUAUGAGACAGUUCCGGGGUGAAAUUCCCAACGGAUAUAUCCUGCGCAUCCCUUGCCAAAAUGAGACGUGGGAAGGGGUCGGGCACAUGAAUUUUGGGGGAGGUGGAGAGUUGAAUCCCUUUGGUCGGGAUUUCUUGGCUGCCGGCAAAAAGUGGACCACCAAUCUGUGUCGACUUGACUCUGAUGGGGACGGCUGGACCAAUGGUCAAGAGCUGGGUGACCCCAAGUGUCAGUGGAGGGUUGGGAGAAAACUUCCCAAAGCUCGGAGCAUCACACACCCAGGUAUAAACAACAAAGACGUCAAGUGUUGAAAGCAGCCAAGACGUCGCUGUGCUUAGCAAGAUGGCCGCCCAUUCCCAAGACUUAAUCCACCAUUAUAAACUUUUACAACCAUUUUGUUUUAUUCUUGUUACGUGUCUC